AUGGGACCCUUGGAAAGGCCAUCCACUGGCUGGAUGCAUAAGGACACAGAGAUGCAAAUUGGUCCCCAGCCUGAUGAGAAGAGCAGGGGAUGGAGGCCGGGACACAGGAAUGCUGCCCCUUCCCCCCUCACCCCUGUCCUGUCCUUCCUCCUCCUCUUGCCACUGGCCAGCGCCCUACAGCCCACCUCACUGCCCUUUCCAGAGCUGAGGCUGGUGGGGGGCCCGAGCCGCUGCCGGGGACGCCUGGAGGUCCUGCACGGCGGCUCCUGGGGCAGCGUCUGCGACGACGACUGGGACGUGGUGGACGCCAAUGUGGUGUGUCGUCAGCUGGGCUGCGGCCUGGCUCUGCCCGUGCCGCGGCCCCUCGCCUUCGGCCAGGGCCGCGGCCCCAUCCUGCUGGACAACGUGGAGUGCCGUGGGCAGGAAGCUGCGCUGAGCGAGUGUGGCAGCCGAGGCUGGGGCGUCCACAACUGCUUUCACUACGAGGACGUGGCUGUCCUGUGUGACGAAUUCUUGCCCACGCAGCCCCCAACAAGGGAAGUGUUAACCAGUAGGGCACCCCCUACAACUCCCCAGAAUGGAAAAGGUGAGGGCAGCGUGCGCCUGGUAGGGGGCGCGGGCCCGUGUCAGGGCCGAGUGGAGAUCCUGCACGGUGGCCUGUGGGGCACUGUGUGUGACGAUGACUGGGGGCUGCCGGACGCCACCGUGGUCUGCCGCCAGCUAGGCUGCGGGGCGGCUCUGGCAGCCACCACCAACGCCUUCUUCGGCUACGGCACGGGGCACAUCCUGCUGGACAACGUGCACUGUGAAGGAGGCGAGCCCCGUCUGGCAGCCUGCCUGAGCCUAGGCUGGGGGGUGCACAACUGCGGCCACCACGAGGACGCCGGCGCGCUCUGCGCAGUCCUGGGGCACCUGACUCUCACAGCACUGCCACCUUCGGGCACAAGAGCAGACUGGGCCUGGCACACAGAGCCAGAGGCUACAGGAGUUGGUGCCCUGCCUUCCAGGGAGCCGGCACUGUUCACCACAGCGGCCUGGGCGGCGGGGAAGAAAAGCGGGCGGCUGCGGCUGGUGGGCGGCCCGAGCCCGUGCCGCGGCCGCGUGGAGGUGCUAUACGCCGGGGUCUGGGGCACCGUGUGCGACGAUGACUGGGACUUCGCGGACGCGCGCGUGGCCUGCCGCGAGGCGGGCUGCGGGCCGGCGCUGGGUGCCACGGGCCUCGGCCACUUCGGCUACGGCCGCGGCCCCGUGCUGCUGGACAACGUGGGUUGCGCCGGCACGGAGGCCCGCCUGAGCGACUGCUUCCACCUGGGCUGGGGCCAGCACAACUGCGGCCACCACGAGGAUGCGGGCGCGCUCUGCUCAGGCCCAGAGGAGCUAGUCCAGCAGGAUGGUGCUGAGACCACCCAGGUGCCCACUCCUCGGCCCAGGGACGGGCACUUACGUCUGGCGAAUGGAGCCCACCGAUGCGAGGGCCGUGUAGAGCUCUUCCUAGGGCAGCAAUGGGGCACUGUGUGCGAUGAUGCUUGGGACAUGCGGGCAGCCGGCGUCCUGUGUCUCCAGCUGGGCUGUGGCCAGGCCCUGGCAGCCCCUGGUGAGGCCCACUUUGGCCCAGGCCGAGGCCCUAUCCUCCUGGACAAUGUCAAGUGCCGUGGGGACGAGAGUGCCCUGCUGCUCUGCUCUCACAUCCGCUGGGAUGCCCACAACUGUGACCACAGUGAGGAUGCCAGUGUCCUGUGCCAGCCAUCGUGA